GCAGAAAAAGAAAAACGCCCCGCGGUGGAAUUUGAAGAACUGAUGGCUUCAGACGCACCUGAAGGAGGGGGAAGCAAUGUGGCCUUUCUUGGUGUUAACGCGGGACCGCUAUUCAACAUCCAUCUUAAAGUUGAUGAUCCCCCGACGGUUAGAUCCUUGUCAUCUAAGGUUGCUGAUGCGCUUAGUUUUGGGUUACGUGCGGCUGGUAUAGGUAUCGGUGCGGCUGCCACAGGGGCUGUUAUAACAAUUGGUGUACUUUGUCAUAAACAUCCUGAAUUCGUGAUGAGAAUUGUAGAAAAAGCUUUGACAGCAAGAGGGCUUCAAGUAGGAAGUGUUACACCUGGCUCAAUUCUUGUGAAGUUGCAUUGUUAUACCGAGGAAAGCUUCCGAUCAUUCAUGGAAGAUUUCGAGGCAAGAAAAGUGCAGGAGCGGUUGAGUAAAGAGUUUGAAAAUAGUGGUUAUAUUGGGGAGGAGCUAGAAGUGACCAUCACUAAUUACAAAGAAGCCUACAAGUUCUUGGAACAAAUUUCGAGG